AUGGUGCCCAGACCCACCACUACCGACCACUCUGAGGAGACAGGUGACUCCGAGUUCUUAACCUUCGACGAGUUUAACGCCCUAGCUACCGAGGAGGAAGCAGCUCACGAGGCCCAAGCUGAUCAUCCCCAGGAGAAUCUACCUUCUGCCGGU